GAGAUGAGAAAUUUCUGAUUGAUAAUGCUAGUUAAACUUUGCCCAAUGAGAAGUAUUCCUUGAUUGCGUUCACAAUUUUGGUGACUAUUCUACAUUGUCUUGCUGCUGCUGCUGCGUCAAUCCAGAUCUAUCUAUAGAUUGCUGCAUUUUUCUAUCUUCACAAAGCAGUCCAAAUGAGGUGUUUGCUAGUUCGCGUUGGGUCCAAAAGCUACAGCCUUGCGAGCUACAGUAAGAUAACUGGUCAAAUGGUGCGCACAUCGUCUUCGAGUUUGAGCAACAAUCCACUAGUAACUGACAAAGCCUUUAUUGAUGGCAAGUGGGUUGAAGCAAGGAACAAAGUGACCUUUGAGGUCAGUGACCCCGCGACCGGAGACUGUCUGGGCAAUGUUCCGGAUAUGUCUGCAUCAGACACACUCAAAGCCAUAGACGCAGCCAAAAAAGCUCAAAGAGGAUGGGCAGCUACUCCACUGAAAGAGAGGAGUGGGAUGUUGAUGAGGGUAAAGCAACUGGUGGAUGAACACUCGGAGAUGCUAGCUGAGAUCAUGACUCUCGAAUCGGGCAAACCAAUUGCGGAGAGUAGGGGUGAGGUGAAGUAUGGCAACUCAUUCUUCGAGUGGUUUGCAGAGGAGGCGAAGCGCAUUAGGGGAGAUAUCCUUUUGCACCCUAUCAAGAGGGACUCCCGAUACCUCAUAGUCAGACAACCCGUAGGCGUGGCAGCAUUGAUCACUCCCUGGAACUUCCCUUUGGCCAUGAUCACAAGGAAGGCGGGUGCUGCAUUGGCUGCUGGAUGCUCAGUUGUGAUCAAGCCUGCCGAAGACACUCCACUAACUGCAUUGGCGAUGGCCAAAAUAGUAGAGAAGGCGAAGUUGCCUUCUGGAGUGUUCAACGUGGUCACAUGCUCCAGAUCCAAUAUAGAGGAAGUGGGGGACACACUGUGUAAGAGCAAAGACGUCCGCAAACUCAGCUUCACAGGGUCCACUGCUGUAGGAAAACACCUCUAUUCUUUGUGUAGCUCCACAGUCAAACGGAUCUCUUUAGAACUGGGAGGCAAUGCGCCAUUUAUUGUGUUCAAUUCAGCUGAUGUAGACAAUGCAAUUGCAGGAGCCAUGUCAUCCAAAUUCAGAAACACAGGCCAAACAUGCGUGUCCACCAACAGAAUAUUUGUGCAGUCGACAAUAUACGACACAUUCUGUUCCAAAUUGUCUGAGGCAGUGAAAAAACUAAAAUGUGGACCCGGAAUAGACCCUACCAGCAGUCUGGGACCCUUGAUCAAUAAUCGAGCCGUAAUCAAGGUCAAGGAACACGUUGACGAUGCUGUUUCCAGGGGAGCGUCAGUGAAGGUUGGAGGAGCCCCUGCUACGGAACUGGGUCCCAAUUUUUUCCACCCAACUCUGAUUACAGAUGUUCCUAAGGAUGCACUGGUCCACAGAGACGAGACGUUUGGACCAAUGGCUGCCGUGACAAAGUUCGAAACAGAAGAAGAAGUGAUUGAGAUGGCGAACAGUGUAGACGUGGGACUAGCUGGCUACGUCUACUCCAGCAACGCCGCCCAGAUAUUCCGAGUUAGCGAGGCACUUCAAUUCGGCAUGGUCGGAGUUAAUGAGGGCAUUAUAUCGAGCGAAUUGGCACCCUUCGGAGGGCUGAAGGAGUCGGGCAUUGGGAGGGAGGGCUCUAUUUAUGGAAUUGAAGACUACCUGGACCUGAAAUACAUCAACUUGAAUUUCUAGAGCACGCUGGAUUAUGUAUUAUUAGUUGCUUUGAAUGUAGAUUAAUUGUAUUAUCCAAAAGUAUUGAACUUGCAGUGUUUUAUAUUUGGAAUUGAAUAGUGUUUUUAUGCGAAUAUAAAUGAUAGAAAAGU